AUGUUUUAUUCCGAACCGCUUCUGUCCAGGACUGGGCCUCUGGCUCGUGUCUGGCUCGCCUCCAAUCUCGAGCGCAAUCUCACAAAACCCCAAGUCCUACAAUCAGAUAUUCAGAGCAGUGUUGCUGUCAUUGUUGACCAAGGACAUGCCCCUCUAGCCUUGCGCCUCAGUAGCCACCUCAUGCUGGGCGUGGUGCGCAUCUAUGGGAGAAAAGCCCGAUAUCUGCUCGAUGAUUGCAACCAGGCUUUGAUCAAGAUCCGAAUGACAUUUAAAUCGACCAACAAUCAUGAUCUGCCAGUUCAUGCGACAACCGCCGCUGAUCUCAACCUGCCUGAAAUGCUCACCGUCGAGGAUUUGUUCUCCAGCAUGAACUUCACACAUCCCAUGAGCCAGCUGCCGGCCGCCAUAAGCGACCCAAGCCAAAAUGAGGAAGACUGGACCAGCUCCCUCAACCCCCAGCAGAGUGGUACACAAUCAAUGCUCACACCGAACGAAGAAACAUUAUACCAUACAGACGACCUGAAUCUCGACUUUGGAGACGGCGACGAUGUGGACAUAAACGAUACCACCAUCAGCAUGAAUGUUGGCCGAAAUGCACCAACCCCGCAACCCGCUGGCGAUGCAGAGCGUCUCCUUUACGACGACGAAGAUGGCCUUAACUUGGAUUUUGGUGACGACACACCUAUGCCGGAUCAGCCUCAUUCACCAAUGGCAGAUGAUAUCGUACCUCCAGUCGGUGAGGACGAACCGCUUGAGUUCGGAGAUGAUGAAACCCUCCAAUUACAACAAAUGGCGGAAGGCGCGCAUGGGGUGCGGGCCACAGAAACUCCCUUAUCAGACGCUAACUCCAACGUCCUUCGCGACCUCGAUCGGACGUUCCAGAACCAACAAGAAGAGGAAAUCGAAGAGGUGGUCGUCCAGCAACGUCAGCGGAGCAAGAAGCAGAAACCGAUCGCGCCCGACGUUGAAACCGUUCUCCACAAGGGGCAAAUGAAGGCACAAGCAGAAGACCGGUCGAAGAUCUUGCGUGCUCCCUCGCUUCUCCCUCGUGACCCUCUCCUCCUAACGUUGAUGAACAUGCAAAAGAACGGCGACUUUGUCUUGAACGCGAUGAAUGAUGGCCGGUCAAGAGACUGGGCGCCUGAGCUCCAAGGUCUCCUGUCAUUCGAAACAGUGACGAGAUCUGGGCAACUCAAGCGGAAACGAGAUAGCGGUAUUGCUGGACUGAGCGAAGACGAACACAGUGAAAAGUCUCCACGACUAGAAGGCCCAGGGGAUGCAAUGGAGGAUGAAGGUGUGCAUCUUGACGAUGCUCAGCGCGACAUCACUUUGGAUGACACGUUGCCACGACCCAUGAGCGAGGGUAUUCCAGGCUUGGACGAUGUUGUCGGUGACGAAGAUGACGGCGGCAUUUUUGGUGGCGAUGACACUUUUGACGAUACAACGGUCCCGCUCGUCCAUCCCGCUGACAGUGGCCCAAUCUCACUCGGCACGCAGCAUGCAGUGCAUCUCCUGCGUGACCGACUUGGCGAUGCUGAGGGCGCCCAUCCAGCUUCGCCAGCCAAGAAAUCCGUGCUCCUCCAAGAUCUCGUCCCAGAAGGCCGGACAAGCAAAGAAGAGGCCACCAAGAUGUUCUUCGAGGUGCUAGUGCUGGCUACCAAGGACGCAAUCAAGGUUGAUCAACCCUCGAAAGCAAUAGGAUUGCCCCUGCGGAUCAGAGCGAAACGAGGCCUAUGGGGAUCGUGGGCAGAGACAAGCCCCGGCGAGGACCCUGCUGCCCCAACAGCCUCUCAGCAAGUGGCUGCCUCGGCCUAA